AUGGGUUUUAUGUGGUUCCAUUCAGAAGACAGAACGGUAAAAUUGUUCAUCCCUCAAAACAGUAGAGCCAUAGACGACUUAGAAACUGCUGAGAAAUACUUUCGAGUCGAUUUUCGAGAGGAAAUCAUCCUUUUAGCGGUAUCACCUGGUCAUCCCAAUGUUCUUUCUCCUAAAUGUGUGAGGCAGGCCUUUCAAGCUCAUAAUGCAGUUAUGGGAAUUGAAUCUUAUUCCCACUACUGCGUCACACUCUCUGGGAACAAAUCUAGAUCCCUAAACGAUUGUAUGAUGAUCAACCCACUGGAAUUUCUACAGUUCAAUGAAAGCAAAGUGAGCAGCGAUAAUAUUGAAGUGGUUCAACAGGAAUUGAACAAGGCUUACAAUGACACAAGCUCACUUAUGCGGAAUGGGCGCCCAUUCUGGUUAAACUUCGACCGCAUGUUUGGGGAUGUGAAUCGAACACAAGGAAGCAUAACAGGCGCCAAAGCAUUGCAAAUGAUUUAUCUCCUCCGUAAUCCCAAGGAUGAUGAUGCAAAUGAAAAGGUUCUCCAAUGGGAAAAGACUUUUGUAGAUAAACUGGCCUCAUUGGUAGACAAACUGUCAUGCUUCAAAGUCCAUUAUUCAAGUGAAAGGAGCAUGGAUGAUGCCAUAAGUGAAAGCACUGGGUCUGAUGUCAGUCUAGUGUCAGUCACUUAUAGCCUUAUGAUUUCUUUUGCUUGCAUCAUGCUAGGAAAGUUCUUGAACCCGCUGACUGGCCAUUCUCUACUUGCCACCGCAGGAGUGUUUGCAGUGGCCCUUGGUAUUUUAGCCGGACUUGGCCUUGGUAUGUGGUUCCGAGUUCCCUUCCCCAGUAUGGUGGGAAUAGUGCCUUUCCUGGUCCUUAGUAUCGGCAUAGAUGACAUGUUUAUCAUGGUAGACGACCUUGAUCGACAACCAUGUGGGCUGUCGACAAUUGAGAAAAUCAAAGCAGUUAUGAAGCAUUCAGGAGCAACUGUAACCAUGACAACUAUGACUGACUUAGUAGCAUUUGCAGUUAGUACAUCUUCCUCAUUUCCAGCAAUCAGGUAAGGCACUUCUUCAAUUGUUGCCAAUACCUUUGAAGAACCUAAAUUUUCCUCAUAAGCAUCAGAGAGCGUAAGCACAUACCAUUUAACUUUGCCAACAAAUGGUCUUUCAGGCAGAAACAGCAACCCAGUCCUUGUUUUAAAGAGGGAAGGGUUGAGUUUUCCUUUUCGGUGCAUUUUAGUUAAGAGUUGAUAAACUAAACUCAUACAUGUAGUUAUCACAACAGCCAAUCAGAACAGAUGAAAGAAUCAUAGGGAGCAAAACAGAAUCCAAAGUGAAUUCAAAAGUGAGUGACUAAAUCACAAGUACACUCAGUUUUGCUUGUGAUUGGAAUAGAGGCUGGUUUAAGAUUUCACAUCAAUAGGACAGUUCAGCAAUCAUCUGAUUACUCUACAUGCAAGGAAGAAGCAUCUCAAAACUUUGUGAAAGAGUCACAAUAGACUUAUUGGAUUGAGCACAAAUUAAUUUUAAAAAUUAUAUUAAGCUUUUUCACAGAAUUAUUUUAACUUUGCACUCUUAUAAAUUGCAACACCAAACACUACAAACAAAAUCAAUAACAACGUUUGAAGUGGAUUUGCAUCAGCUCAAGUUCUCCUCAUGUAAAUAUUGACCUCUAUUAUAAUAUAUUUUAAAUUCAAAUUUGAUUUCCAUUGUUUUUAUUACAGUGCUAGAUGCAUUUGCAGAGUGUGGUAUAUCUGAAGGUUGAACUGAUCAAUCAGUGAUUAGUUCAACCUUCAUGUCUUGCCAAAUUGUACAUACUCACUAGUUUAUCUAGUUCAAGUCCACUGGCAUAGUUUGGAUGAUACUCUGUCCAGGAGGAGACAUGUCUUGCCAUUGUGCAUCCUCACUAGUUUAUCUAGUUAGAGUCCUCUGGCAUGGCUUAGAUGAUACCUCAAUUGUGGGAUCAUUCAAGGUAGCUUAAUGCUUCUAUAUAUAUGUAUACACACAUAAGUUAAAGAAAUAAAGAGGAUGCAUCGAUUCUCUGUGACUUUGAGUUUCGCACCUAAGUGCUUAUCAGACAAAACCAGGUCUGUCUGACGAGCACUUAGGCGCGAAACUCAGAGUCACAGAGAAUCAAUGCAUCCUCUUUAAUUCUUUAACAUAUGUUUACUUGGCUCAGCUACCACAGCACUGAGCACUUUAUGCCAAGGUAGACUCUACCCCCACAUUCAUUUAUAUUCAUAAUAUUUAGUUCAAAAUGACUAAAAUGAAACAUGCAUGAUUCCCUGUAACUCUGAGUUUCAUGCUUACGCACUCGUCAGACAGAUUAAAUCUGUCUGAAGAGUGUGUAAUCCCAAACUCAGAGUUACAGGGAAUCAUGCAUGUUUCAUUUUAGUCAUUUUGAACUGUAUUUCGCUCUACACUCAUGUGUAUUAAGCACUUUCCAAUAGCAUUUGCUACAAUUUCCCACAAUUAUUUAUAAUAUAUAUAUAUAUAUAUAUAUAUAUAUAGGAAGUCUGCAAGUCGAUUUUCGCGUGGAACAGUGCUCAAUACGUUGAAGCAGAGCAGAAUAAAUAUUAUGAGAGGAAAAAACGACGCAACUACAUUUCCCGACAAGCCUGUUUCGUGAAUCGCUUCUUUAAACCCCUGAAGAGUGAAGCAAUUCACGAAACAGGCUUGUCGGGAAAUGUAGUUGCGUCGUUUUUUCCUCUCAUAAUAUUUAUAUAUAUAUAUAUAUGUAUAUAUGUAUAUAUAUAUAUAAAUAUAUAUACAUAUAUACACACACAUACACACAUCUAGUGAGGAUGUACAAAGGCGAGACAUGAAGGUUGAACUAAUCAUUGAUUGGUCUAUUCAACCUUCAGAUAUACUAUGCUCUGCGAAUGCAUCGGGCACUUAACCGCAAGGAUAGACUAUAACAAAGAUUUACAUACAUAUAUAGAUAUAUAUAUAUACCUUUCUUCAGGUGCUUACAAGGAUAAUUUUUAAAUGCUCAAAAGCUCCUUUUCUUCAUUUCCUUUAUUUUUGUGAGCUUAAUGUGUAUUUCAAGGGUGAUAAUAAAGGGAAAUAUUAGAUGCUAGUCACUUACAUAUAGGGGUAGAGAGUUAAACAAAUAUUAAUAGUAUUGAAAGAAAGAAGAGGAUCCUAACUGACCAGAAAAACUUAGUUUACAGUUACAAACAAUAUAAUCUGUUCCUCUAAAUACCCAUGAACACAGAUUUAGUUCUAGGUAGAUGCUCAGUUACUAACUGCCUGGAAAAAUUGUUCCCUACCCAAUAGGAUUUAAGAUGAUUUGACUAGCUACUGACAUCUCAAUACUUAUUUAUGUAGCAAGGUGAAAUGAUGUGAACAGUUAAAGUUUUUUUCAGAUUUUCUUCUCCAUCUAAAUUUAUACAACUAUAACUUCUUUCAUAGGUAUUUCUGUACUUAUGCUGCUUUGACAGUGACAUUUUCCUUCCUGAUGGUUGUCACAUUCUUUGUUGCUAUUAUGACAUAUGACAUGAGACGAAUUAAAUCCGGACGCAGAGAUUGUAUCCCACUUCUCCUGGCGCCUCCACCAAAAGAGGGUAUGCCAGCCUGGGAUGAACCUCUUCCACAGACUUCAAAUCGAAUUAUGAAAUAUUGGGCCACAUUGUUGAUGCUUCCAGUCACAAAAGUUGUGGUCAUACUAUUGUCACUGACAUUGCUUGCUGCUGGAAUAUAUGGGGUCACCCAGGUGGAGGAGUCUUUUGAUGAGCGCAUGCUGGCUAAAGAUGAUUCUUACUUGAAGAAAUUCUUGACAGUUCAAAACAAAUACUUUGGAAGUGGAAUGGAAGUGAAUCUUAUAGAGACUGGUAAAGUUGAUUACAAGCUAGAAUCAACCCAGGAAAGCAUCAAACAGCUGACAAACAUCUUGAUUGAAAAUGAAUAUUACCAGAACCAAUCAAUAUCCUGGAUGGGCACAUUUUCUCAGUAUGCCAAGAUGUCUAAGAAAAACAUUACUGGCUCAGGAUUUCUACACGAACUGAAACAAUUCCUCCGAAUUCCCACCUUUUCUUAUUACAGGCAGGACCUGAGGUUUUCAGAGGAUGGAGAGAAAAUAGAAGCUUCUCGUGUCAUUGGUUUUAUGAAGAAUUCCAGCAGCUCCACUUUCCAUAAGAAUGCAAUGCUCACACUCCGUGAAGACAUUGAAAAGAAAACAAACUUGGAAGCCUUUCCAAUAGGUCGAUAUUUCAUAUUUUUUGAAAUGUACGCUAUUGUGAUAAAGGAGACCAUACGAAACCUGAUUAUAUCAGCCUUAGCAGUGUUUAUUAUCACAAGCCCCUUCUUAGUAGACUGUGCGGUGACGCUCCUGGUGAUGUUAAACUUCGCAGCCCUGGUUUGCGAGUUGUUCGGUUUGAUGGUAAUCUGGGAUGUGGCUCUAAAUGCUGUGUCCAUGAUUAACCUUAUUAUGGCUAUUGGCUUUGCAGUUGACUACAAUGCACACAUUGCUCAUGCCUACAUAACAUCAAACAAGGCAACUGCCAAUGAGCGAGUAGUGGAUGCACUUACUACACUGGGUGCAAGUGUUUUUAUGGGAGGUAGGUCAGGAGCUCAAUUACUAAUUGCAAAUCUUGUAUUUUGAAAAAUAUGAAGCCUUCCCCACCACCACAAAAAUUUCUUCUGUCAGCAUUUGAUUCCAAAGAGUUCAUUGACAUGUCCUUCACAAGACACACAGCUUUGAUAUUUCUGCAGUGGAAUCAUGUGUACUUGAGGCAUCUGUUGGUUGAGUAUUGGUUGAUACCAUGGGUUCACAUGUUGACUGGGUGUUGGUUGAUACAUUGGCUGAUGCACAACCCACAUACUGAUGGAGUAGCAGCCGACAUGUUGACUGAAAUCGGUGGCCUCUCAACCAACACACGUCAAAUGUUACUUGGCUGACAUGCUGCUGAUACUUUACCCACACACUCAGCCCACACUACUUUCACUUGAUCUGCUUUUUUUGGUGAAUUCUACCUACUAUAUUCCAAUGUUAGCCUAUUUUCUCUCGCCAAAGUCUUUGUUCGUGUAAUAUAUGGCUUAGGGAAAGGAGCUAGGAUAGCUACCAUUCCAGCAAAACAAUGGUUAACAAUAUACACAUACCACCCACAGUCACAUCCACAUAUACCACCCAAAGUCCACCCAUAUGCUACCGACCCUUGACCAGUAUGCUGCUAACUGUUGAUGGCGAUGUCCUGGUUGAGGUGUCAGACUAGUGGUAACUGACAUAUCAACCAAGUAGAGACUGAUAGUGGUGACCUACAAUCUCACUGGUGUCUAACAUGGCAACCCACAGUUGGCUGACUAUUGGUCAAUGUGUCUGUGGAGUUUUGACUAACUCACAUUCGACAUGUCAGCCAGUACUAUUGGUUGAUACUUGGCCAACAGAUGCCUUAAGUACACAUGAUCCCUGUAGUGUAGCUGAACGAACAUUCCAUAAAUAUAGCCAUCAAUGUUGGCUCUUUUUUUCAAAUUAGAUUUCUAAAGAAUAGGAUUUAAACUUAAAGUAUUUUUUCAGAUACUGUCUGUGCAUGAUUUGAAUGACUUCUAAAUUUACCAGUACUAGAUAUGUUAUGAACUCCUCUAAAGUUUUCUUUUUUGUCUGAUGAAGGAUUCAGUACCUUCCUUGGCAUGGUUGUCCUUGUUUUCACUGAUUCAGAGCUUUUCCGCAUAUUCUUUCGAAUGUUUUUUGGCAUUGUUGUGCUUGGCCUUUUUCAUGGCUUGUGUAUCCUGCCUGUUUACCUGUCCUUCCUCUACUGGAGACCUGCUGUUAUCACAACUCUCUCAGUGGGGGACAUUUCUGGUAAACAUGGAGAAGGAAAAGAAUCAGAAAAUCCCACCAAUGAAAAUGACAGAUUACAAUUAACAUCACGUCAACAAAUGGACUCAACCAGACAUGUCAACGAUGCAUUAUUUCAAUCACAUCAGCACCCAAACUCUCAGGAUGAUAAACCAGCCAGCCAACAGAAAGAAAACGUUGCUGUUGAGAUAGGAAUUCAAAAUAUGGGGAUUGAAGAAGACUCAAGAAACACACAAAGCAACAACAUUGUUUCCAGCAUCUCAGCAGAAGACCCUGAGAAGGAGACUAAGAGCACAGAUGGACCAGCCAACUAACAGACAGUGAAGAAUGGUCUCAAUAUACCAAUUCAAAACCUGGGAUAUGAUGUAGAUGAGCAUGAGGCUGAGAUGAACAUAACAGAGACAGAAGGUAAAAUAAAACAUCCCUAUGACUAACUCAAACACAUUUUGAAUGAAGAUGGGUGUUCUUGGACUGAAAAAGAGCCCCAAAUUACAUCACUUUAAAUUUGCUACUACUAGCUAAAUCUUACUAGAAAACAUUGCAAUUUAAAUUUGAAGAAGGUUUGAAAGCUGGAGUGUUAGGAGUGUAGAGUGUUAAGCUGGCAAUUGACAAGAUGCAGCUGUAUCAAUGUGCUUAAAUUGAAAAUCAGUGUAUAUAUUUUGACAGUUUGCCGAAAUUACUUAGUUAGCGUGAAACUUUGGGUAUGAUACUUUUGGAACUAGUAAUUCCAUUGGACAAUCACAGUUUAGUGACCAUUCGUUAGUUGGUAAUUGUGAAGGACAACACCCUGAAAAGAAAGUUUGCUGACAGUUGUAAGCACACCUGUUGGCCACAGUUGAUCUGUUGGUUAUCUGUCUGUAAAUUGUCAGUAACAACAUUACUGUCAGCUGACUGUUGGGUGACAGGUGUGCUUAAACUGUUGACUGUAAGUCAACUGACUGACUGGCUAACAGUCCACUGACAGUUGGUUGACCCACUUUGUACAAACUGUCAGCCAACUGUUGACAGACUAUUGGCCGCCUGUCAACUGACUGUCAGCCAAAAGUUUGAAGCACAGUUGUCAGAUGACAGUCAGUAAUCUGUUAUUGAUCUGUCAGUAAGUUGUUGGUAACAAUAUUAUUGUAUUACCACAUUUAUAAUCUAAACUUCAGAGAAGGCUACAUUGGAUUGAAAGUUUAGGCCACAUUUAGUGCCAGUUCUUACAAGGGUUGUGGAAAUACUGGUGUUGCAAUCUGCCAUAUUGCAAAGGUUAUAAAGACCCCAUGAGUUCACUUAAUGCAGUUUGCACAUGCACAAACUGAUAAAUGUAUUAUAGAGCAGGCAAAUAGAGAGGGAGGACGAGGACAUGGUUGAUCAGUACAGUCAAAGUUUUGUUUUAGAUGUUAAUUUGUGGGUAUAUCGCCAAUUUGUAACCUUUCUGAGGGGGGCAUUGGAGCCUAUUAGAAGCUGCAAAACUGUAGAAAACAAUCAUCCAGAACCCAAAAACCCCCCAAAAAUUUGAUCAAAACUGAAAACCACACGCAAAACUGUCAAUACCGAUACAUUUUCACAUCCCAGUCAUCAAAAGCCUAAUCGAUCCAAUACGGUGGUGACAAGGGGAGCAUACCUACACUAAUUUCAAAAAAUGGAACUAGCUGUCCUUCAAUCAAUCAGAACUUGCACCAGCCUUGCUACUUUUGAGAAACAAGUUGAUAGAAACAAUUAAAAUUUUUAGCAAAGCUUUUGGCAGUAGUUGUUGUCUUGAAUGCAAUGUAAAUAUUUACAGCUUUUAGUGCUAUAUAUUAUCAAAUUAAUUACUAUCAUUAUUAAUUAUAACAUUCAAGCAGGCAGAUUUCACAGUUUGAUUACUUCUGUCUUAAGAUCUAGUGGGAGGCAGAUGCAUAGAUGAUGUCAUCAUUAACAAUUUUUUGGUCCUUCAUUGUACAAAAGAAAUAAAUUCUGAAUUGCUGUGGGUGCACAAAGUUAGAGAUCACAGAGGAUAUGAAAAUGUGGUAAGAACGUCAAUGACAUGGUCAGCUCCCCAUCAUGUGCCACUUAUUUGUUCUAAUCAUAUUUUGACAUCACUGUGAUCUAUUACAUACUGAACAGAUGCACAGAAACAUUAAAGACAAUUUUACAUGAGUUAAGGCAACUUGGGUAGAAUCAGGCGACUUCAGGCAACUUUGAGCAACUUCAGGUAACUUAACACACCCACACAGAAC